CUCUAACGCAUGCUUGUAUUUUAGCCUCAUAUUUGCAAUCAGUUUAGUGUUAGCAGCGACAACGAAUACAACCUUAACUUGAGUUUAAUCUAAUGAUCGUGAAAGUCUGUUAAAUAUAAUCAUGGAAUUUGAAUCCAGCACAACCACUACGAAAAACACAAUCAAUUCCGAUUCAGGAUAUCCCAACAGCUGUAGUAAUAGUAACUCGCAAAGAAGCGCUGGGUCUAAAUCCAGACACAGCGGGAGCAAUUCGAGUGGCAGUAGCGGAUAUGGCGGAGCACCAAAUGCAAACGGAAGUGAUAAUCUUCACCAGCACCCCUCUAAACGUAACAAAGAUGAGGAUCACAUCAAGAAAAAAUUGCGAGCCUCCGAAGUGUUGCCCGGCGACACGUUGUUGGAUUGUUUAGAUAGUUCUGCGCAACUUAACUUAGCCUUGCCAUCCGUCGUACCUGAAGCGUCAUCUUCUAUUCUAGAAAAUGUAACGAGUAACGAAGAACCGGUGUCGGCAUCACAAUCAGUACAAAUUUUGCCAGAAAAAUUUCGAGCCGAAGAAGAGACAACGGCUCAAUGGAACGAAGAGAUGCAGUUAACCGGCGACGAAUCGCACCAAAAUGCACCUCAAGAAGAGUAUUUUUCUGAUCCCGGUUCGAUUCAGGAGCCGAGGCAAGAGGAAGGAUUUAGUUGUAUCAUAUCUGUACAAGAUGGACUGGUGUUGUACGCUACAACAGGUUUAACCUCUGUCCUCGGGUUUCCCAAGGACACGUGGUUAGGAAAAUCUUUUAUCGAUUUCGUCCACCCUAAAGAUAGGGAAACGUUUUCGACUCACGUGGUGACCAGCAUGGCGUUGCCCUAUAUCGAUACCCAGGGAAAAGUUCAAGAGGUAAAAAACUACCUCUACGUGUGCCUGAGACGAUACAACGAUCCGACCUCGGCAGCUGCAUCCGAAAACUCAGUGUCUUAUCAAGCCUUUCAUCUGACCAUUACUAUUAGAUACGUUGCCGAUAUUCCCGAAUUGAAAUGCGAGAACAAUGGCGGUAUGUUUCUGGUCGUAGUCGCUAUGCCCAUAUACAGUUCUUACCAAGUUCCGGGAGAGAGAAAAAAAUCAUCCAAAUUCAGAAUGCGUCACACUGCUGCGUGUAAAUUCACCCACGUAGAUCCUGACGUAGUGACCAGUUUUGGAUUCCUUCCCCAAGACAUGUUGGGCAAGUCCAUCUUUGACUUUUGCCAUCCCGAAGAUAUGCCUUUUCUCAGAGGUGUUUACAAGUCUGUGAUAAAAACGUGCCAAAUCAACGGCUCAAUAUUUCGGAGCAAGCCUUACAGGUUUCUUGUACAAAACGGCUGUUUCGCUACCAUCGAGACUGAGUGGUCCACCAUUGUAAAUCCGUGGUCCCGGCGAUUGGAAAUUGUUUUAAGUCUAAAUAGGGUCGUCAAAGGCCCGUUAAAUCCCGAUGUGUUUGACGCGAUUGAGGUGAAUGAAUUGCGGCACAUCCCGGAACGAACGAUUAGAGAAGGGAAAUUGUUGCGGGAGGAAAUUCUGCAAAUGCUGAAAGACGAGGUCAUAAGACCUUUGGAAGGUAGCGUCUUCAUGAGGUGCAAAGCGGUCUCGAACGCCAUGGGGUCACUGAUGGACGAGGUGACUGCCAAUUCCCUACGUUUGGCCUCACCCAAAGAUCUGGACAGCAGUAUUUCGGAAAGAGAUUUCGUAAUGUUGGGCGAAAUAUCACCUCACCACGACUGGGAGUCCUCGUCGGAAACGCCCCCUAGCUAUAACCAGUUGAACUAUAACGAGAACAUAAAGAGAUUUUUCGAGAGCAAUCCGAAAACCGCUGCUUCGGACGAAAGUAACGGACAACCCAGCGACGCGAAAAAUGAAAGCGUCACCAAAACCAUGCAGCAGCCCAACGCAAAUCAAAAGUGCCUUUCGCCCGUAGCCAAAAACGCACACACCCGAUCAGGUAGCGGUGCGUUAUCAAGUUUCGAAAGUAACACCAAUUUGAAUACCGCACCAAGCACCACGAACACGUCAAACGAUUCUUAUAAACCUCACCUGACCGUAUCGGUUUUAGUUAAGCAUAACGAAGAUAUGGUAAAAAAAAUGAUAAAGCAGCGUAAAGUGCAAAAGUCUUACAACAAAGAUCGAGAGAAUAAAAAGAAUGCGGACAAAGCGGAGAGGAACUGCCCCUCCAAAGCGGGCGUGGCUACUACGCGCACGCGCGGCGUCAAGCGAAGUGGACCACUUUCGUGGGAGGGAUCUAGGGACAAAAUUUCAAAAAAUACGGGUCGAAACGGUACUAAUAAAAAAGUAACACAAAAGAUCCCCGGCAAAACUAACCAUUCCACAAAGAAACCCAAACGGGACAAAAAACAUCCCACCGUAUGUAAAUAUCAGGAUUCCCAUCAACCGUUUACAUUGAAUGUAACAUCGCUCAAGGAUUCCAGCGAGCCAGGACCAAAUGGAACAUUUAACGGUCACAUGGUACCGUUUUACUACAUUCCUGCAUUUUCGGCAGGUCCCUCUGCUCGUUCCGACCAUUCCGCAUCCAGAUGUCAAGUUCAGUAUGUUCCCGGAAUGUUCUACAACGCGUUCCAAUCUUCCUCACCGGUUAUUUAUUCGGCACUGCCAGUUUUUCCUGUUCCAUUUUCGACUUCUAUGUCCGACCAGCGUCAUAUGAACGCGAUGAAACAGAACGCCGAUGUUAGCCCCAACAAUGGCACCAAUGAAAACGUACCACAAUUCGGUGCUACCUCAAAACCGAUGACCGGUUACCAGUUUCAAAGACCUGGAUCAGAAGCGAUGUCGGUUAAGGCGGAACCUGGUAGUGGAAUGUGUUCCAUAGCUUCCAUUAGUCUGGCGAACAAGGCAUUUUCCGAAAGUUCACGAAAGGAAACGGCCAUACAGUCCGAGUUUUCGUUCGAAUCGCCCAUGGUAAACCGUCCGGAUGAAGGAGCCCGACCGAAGGAAUUAAAUUCUUGUUCGAAGAUAAACGAAAACAAAAAUCAAUCGCCCAAGCCCGGAUCAGUCACGUACCGGAGCAAAACCGUAGACGAAUCCAGUAGUUGCUAUUCGUCUUCUUUCUCGUCAUUUCUAAAGACCGAUACCGGUUCGGGAUCGAUAGACGGCUCCAGUCAAAUCACCGAAGACAAAUUGUCAAAGGGCGUAAAUGUGCCAAAGAAAAUGAAAGUACAUCAGGGUAACGCCGAGCCCGAAUGGAUGCAGACUGUUGGAAAAUCGGCGGACAUCAUUUACAGAUACCAAGUUGCCGUUAAAGAUUUAAGCGAAGUCUUAGAAUCCGACCUCACAAAGUUGAAACUCAUGGAACAGCCUGAAAUGGUGAGGAACCAACUCAACCAGCUCUAUGUAGAGAUGGAAUUACAGGGUCUUUCGAAAGCUUUGACUCUGGAAUGCAGUUCGUGUAGUAGCAACGAAGGAGCGCCAUCAACUCCAGCAAAGGGGAACAAAAGAAGAUCGUUUAACUUUUUGACCUGCGAAGAAGAUGUUUUUAUGUCCGAGAUCAGCAGUAAUGCUUCGCAUUUUGUAAACGAGUAUCAGAAAGCCUCCAGUGAUGACAACAGUUCAAACUAGUAUUUGUAUGUGCCCAUUCAAAGACAUUUAAUCGUUCAAAUAUUGUUUUUAAUCUUAAAGAAUUUACUAAUACUGUUUUAAAUGUUCUUUGAUGUGAUUUGUUUUGAUGGUUAUUCUAGGAGGUUUUGAUUUUGGAAAACUUUUACUAACUUUUCUAGAAAAUUUUAUAUUUUUAUUGUUGUUGUAUUAAUGUUAAGCAUCGAUUGAGAAAAUGUUAUUUAUAUUUAAUAAAAAAUCUUAGUAAUUAGUAUGUGGUUUCAAUUAAACACGAUAAUUUAUAAAAAUCUGAAUUACUAGAAGACUAAAAUAUGAUAUUUAUUACCACCAAAAAAAAAACAGUUGAACUGGUAUUUUUAUGUCUCAAUUCAGAAACAUGUUAUCGUUGUUCAGGUAUUAUAUUUAAUCUUGAUGAAUUUAUUAAUACUGUUUUAAAUGUUCUUUGAGCAAGUUUUAAUUU